AUUCACUUUUCUUUUUCUUUCUUAACCAUGACUGGCAUUUCAAUCCAAACUCAAAAGCCUCAUCAUUUUAUCACUACUGCUGACUAUACUUCUGAACAAUUACUUGAUUUAGUCCAUCGUGCUAUUCAAUUCAAGGUUGAGUCCAAGUAUAGUUAUCCCCAAGUCAGAACUGAAUUCCCUUUGACUGGCAAGACAGUGGCUCUUAUGUUUUCUAAGCGUUCUACUCGUACCCGUGUGGCUACUGAAACAGCGGUUUCAUAUUUAGGUGGUAAUGCCAUGUUCUUGGGUUCUCAAGAUAUUCAACUUGGUGUGAAUGAAUCCUUACUUGAUACUUCUCGUGUAGUCAGUUCUAUGGUCAAUGGUAUUAUGGCCCGUGUGGGUGGUCAUCAUGAAAUUGAGACACUUGCCAAAGAAUCCAAAGUGCCUGUGAUUAAUGCCUUGUCUGAUAAAUACCAUCCUACUCAAAUCUUGGCUGAUUUAAUGACCAUUCACGAAUACUAUCACCACAAGAACAACAAUGUCAGUGAGGGCGUCUAUUCUGCACACACACAACAUCCUCGCGAAACCCUUAAGGGACUCAAGGUAGCAUGGGUAGGUGAUGCCAAUAACAUCCUUCAAGAAAUCCUUGUUGCUUUUCCCAAGUGCGGUAUCAGUGUAGCUGCUGCUUGUCCCUCUGGCUAUACAUGUGACCAAGAUGUGAUUGAUAUCGCUCAAGCUGAUGCCCAAAAGACCGGUGCCACUAUCACUUUCACAACACAACCUGAAGAAGCCAUUAAAGACUGCAAUAUUAUUGUGACUGAUACCUGGGUUUCUAUGGGACAAGAAGAAGAAAAGAAGAAGCGUCUUCAAGACUUUAAAGGCUAUCAAGUCACUCAUGAUUUAGUAGCCCGUGGUGGUGCUAAACCUGAUUGGGUAUUUAUGCACUGUCUUCCUCGUAAGCCUGAAGAAGUUGAUGAUGAAGUGUUUUAUUCAGAACGUUCUUUGGUCUUCCCUGAAGCUGAAAAUAGAAAAUGGACCAUUCUUGCUGUUGUGGAUGCCUUAUUAGUUAGAGGUGGCAUUUAAACUCAAUCUACAUUUGUACAAAUUCUUCAUGUCUUGUUUAUAAUCCAUUUUACAUAUUAAAAAAUGCUCUCUUUCUGUAUUAUUCCGGCAUAUCGAUCCGGUGCGUAUGCAUAAUUGACCGGAUCCUUAGUAAAAGAACGUGAUUGGGU